AGACCAACUGGAGUCAUGUCAUGGGAUUGUUAUAUAAAGGUUCCAAACUCUUGAACAUAAUUCUGGAUUCCCUGGAAGAUCAAGAGGGUGGAGCUAUGUACAUAUCGUGCGAUGUCUCAAACGGAGGUCCUGUGGAACCAGAAACGGGCUACGUGCCCAACAAUCCAUUAUUCGGCCUGGCACUGGACAGUCCGCAGCAAGAGUGCGCUGCAUCCUGCGUCGGCUGUUUAUCCUGCCAAGGCAACACCGCCCUGCCCAUCUCCUCCCUGACCAGCAGCGACUUCGACUGCGGCGGCUGUUUCGAUCCAACGAUUGGCGUGCUGGGCAGUCAGAUAAAUACAACACCGCCGGCUAGCAAUCUAUCAGCGUCUGGAAGCGGUGUCGGCAAUCACAACAACGGCGCUGCGCUUACUGGCAACGGCAACAGCUACUGGAGCACCGACGAGAUGGCCUCCACAUUUCCCGGGCUACCGCCGCUGGACAUUGAUCCGCUGCCCAGCCUAUUCCCGUUCUCGCCCUGUGGCGCGUCCUAUAAUUUCGCAAGCAACCCGCAUCAGGCGUCACUCUCCUACACCGUGCAUCCGCAUCAGAUGCUGAUCUCACCGAACGGCAGUCAGCAGCAGCAAUCGCAGUCAUCCACACAUCCUCACCAGCUACAGUCCCAGCACAUGCAGCAGGCACUGACCCAGGCAUCGCACGGUGGUAACGCGCUCCACAACCACAACAGCAGCGGUGGCAAUGGUCCUGGUGGUGGCGGUGGAUCUGGUUCAGGCAGCGCCUGCUACUACGAGGCUGCCGCCAAUGCGACCGCACCGCCCAUGUAUCCCAGUAUGAGUGUCAAUGUGAGCAUGAACAUGACCAUGCAUCACGGCUAUGGAGCCGACGGCGGCCCAGUGCCCAUGCAGUGCUCCCAAAUGAACUGGACGCCACCGAACAACUCCUCGGCGGCCGUCAAUGUGCUAUAUCCGCCGCUAUUGAGUCCUACGCACUAUCCAGCCUCGGCCACCUAUUCCUUUACAGCUGACUUUCGCGCUCCGCCACCGACAGCUUUAGGCGCACUUCCCUCGCUGGCCGACAAGGAGUCGCCAUCGCCGCCCGCCUCCAGUACUGCAGCUGCCUUGGGCUACUAUGGGACAGGAGGUGUUGGCCAGGGCUAUACGCCGCCACACAAGAGUCCCAGCUAUCAGGCAGCCGCUCUCAGUCUGGGUCUGGCUGCUUUUGAGGAUGAGGAGGAGAGCAUCGAGGAUGGAGAUGCCGAUGCGGAUGGUGAGGGCAGCGCCGGUGGCGAUAUGAAGCCGAAUUUGUGCCGCCUGUGCGGCAAGACAUAUGCGCGGCCCAGCACACUGAAGACGCACUUACGCACCCAUUCCGGGGAGCGGCCGUAUCGCUGUCCGGACUGCAACAAGAGCUUCUCACAGGCCGCCAAUUUGACGGCCCACGUACGCACACAUACGGGGCAGAAGCCGUUCCGCUGUCCCAUUUGUGAUAGACGUUUCUCGCAAAGUUCCAGCGUCACCACGCACAUGCGAACCCAUUCCGGAGAGCGGCCCUAUCGCUGCUCAUCCUGCAAGAAGUCCUUCUCGGACAGCUCCACGCUGACCAAACAUCUGCGCAUCCACAGCGGCGAGAAGCCCUACCAAUGCAAAUUGUGCUUGCUCAGAUUCUCGCAAUCGGGCAACCUGAAUCGGCACAUGCGCGUUCAUGGCAACAACGCGAAUGGAAGCGGCGCUAGCGGUGGUAGCGGCAACGGCAGCGGCAGCGGUGCUAACAGCUCUGCCGGGGCUGGAAGCGGUCUCAUUACAUGACAAAAGCCGCGCAGUGCAGGCGGUUUUCAGCAUUAUCAUCCCCCGCACCCGCACCCGCACGCGCACCCGCACCCACAUGCGCAUCCACAUACGCACCCACACCACAUGCAUCACCACGCCCACGCUCAUAUGGCCAACUAUGACUACGGGAAUUACAGCAUCAGCGACUAUACUCCACCCGGCGCUACACAAAACUAUUCAGGGUAUUAUUUUUGCGCACUCAACAAGCCACCCAAAUUCGAGCGUUUCUAUUAGAGCCCGCAGAACUUGAAGUGGUCUCUGAAAAACCAAAUCAGAGCACUUCCUGGAGAUAAUACUGUUCCAGAAAGCAUUCAAAAAAAGAUAUAUGUGUUAGUUUUGGGGCUGCAAAACCGAAAAAACAAUCGUCCACGAUUUAAUUAUUCGUUUGAAUCAGAUUUCUGCUUUUAGUUUUGUCUCGUGAAUCUGGUUGAACACAUCCAUUAGGCCA